GCGAAUAAAGCAGAGUAGGCAGGGGAAGUAGCAGCAGCAGCAGCAGCAGCAGGAGGAGGGGGAGGAGAAGGAGGAAGAGGAGAUCUUCAACUUGGGAUCAGGAGUCGGUGCAGUCUCAGUUCUCCACCGGACCGGUAUGCACUAUCCGCAUAGGAGGAAGUGAGUCGCGCCGACUGUAAAAGAUGCAGGCGGAGGAAAUGGAGGUACCUGUCAUUAAUAACCUUAACGAUAACGGCGAUAGACAGAGGCCGAAAGGGAAAGAUGUGUUCAAGGAUCAGCAGAAGGAGUCGGAGAGCUCCAUGGAGUCUCCCAACCUGGAGUUUGAGUAUGGAGACACAGACACACUCACAGCUGAGCUUUCAGAACUCUACAGUUACACAGAGGAGCCAGAGUUUGCCUUGAACAGAGACUACUUUGAGGAAGACUUUAAGAGCCAUGCUCGAAGCAGAAGGUGGAUCGAGCUGUCGGUGGAGGAGCAGAAGGCGUACGUGAUGCAGCUGCUGGACGCACUGGAAGUGACAGACAGAGACAAGAGGCUGAAGGUAGCCAGGGCCAUCCUCUACCUGGCUCAGGGAGUGUUUGAUGAGUGUGACACAGAGAUGGAUGUGCUCCACUGGUCCAGAUACAAUGUCUUUCUGCUCUACGACAUGGGCAUCUUCACAGCACUGCUGGAGCUGCUCAGCAUGGAGAUAGAGGGCUGCAGCAAUAAAGAAUGGGGCUGUAAUACAAGUAACAGCCAGGCAUGCAGUAGUGCAAUGAGAAAGCCUGCCAUCUCUCUUGCAGACAGCACGGAGCUCAGAGUUUUACUGACCAUCAUGUACCUGAUAGUGGAGACCAUUAGAGUUCAGACAGAAGAUGACAGACCUGAGUGGGUAGCAGCCAGAGAGACUUUCAAGAAUGAGCUAGGUUCAUUGCUGUACAAUGGAGAGCCUUUUGCCCUGCUCCUCUUUACUAUGGUAACAAAAUUCUGCAGCAUGAAUGCCCCACACUUCCCCAUGAAGAAGGUACUACUGCUGCUCUGGAAGACUAUACUGUUCACCCUGGGGGGUUUCGAGGAGCUCCAGGAGAUGAAGGUGCGGGGCCGGGAACAUCUCAGCCUGCCUCCACUGCCAGAGGACAGCAUCAAGGUGGUCAGGGCCAUGAGAGCAGCUUCACCCCCGGCUUCCGCCAUGGAGCUCAUCGAACAGCAGCAGCAGCAGAAGAGGGGUCGCCGAAGCCGCAGGCCCUUGGUCAAGCAGGACAGCCUGGACACAUAUAACGAGCGAGACCCCUUCAAGAAUGAUGAUGUCCGGGACGAGGAGGAAGACCCCGAGGACACAGAUGGUGGCAUUGAGGGCGAGGUGGACCCCCUGGAUCGUGACGUCAUCAUCCAGCCUCCACCGCCCCCACCUCCUUUGAGACCCCCAUCAGAGAGGGUCAACUUCCCCAAGGGCCUACCCUGGGCCCCUAAAGUCAGGGAGAAAGACAUUGAACACUUCCUAGAGACCAGCAGAAACAAGUUCAUCGGCUUUACUUUAGGAAAUGACACAGAGACCCUGGUGGGCUUGCCCAGACCCAUCCAUGAGAGUGUCAAAACGCUGAAACAGCACAAAUAUGUGUCUAUUGCUGAAGUCCAGAUCAAGAGGGAGGAGGAGCUACAGCAGUGUCCACUGACUCUGGGCGAGGAGGAGGUGGAGGAGACACCAGCAGAGAUUCUGUACCUCGGUAUGCUUCCCAAUCUUUCUCAGUACGUGAUUGCCCUCCUGAAGCUUCUGCUGGCUGCAGCUCCAACAUCCAAAGCCAAAACUGACUCUAUCAACAUCCUGGCUGAUGUGCUGCCUGAGGAAAUGCCUAUCACAGUCCUUCAGAGCAUGAAGUUAGGAAUUGAUGUGAACCGUCACAAGGAAAUCAUCGUCAAAGCCAUCUCUGCUCUGCUGCUGCUGCUCCUAAAGCACUUCAAACUCAACCAUAUCUAUCAGUUUGAGAUUGUCUCCCAGCACCUGGUGUUUGCCAACUGUAUCCCACUCAUCCUCAAGUUCUUCAACCAGAACAUCAUGUCCUAUAUCAGUGCCAAAAACAGUAUAUGUGUGCUGGACUUUCCGCACUGUGUGGUCCAUGAGAUGCCUGAGCUCACAGCUGAGAGCUUAGAAGCAGGAGACAGCAACCAGUUCUGUUGGAGGAACCUGUUUUCUUGUAUCAACCUGCUGAGAAUCCUGAAUAAGCUGACCAAGUGGAAACACUCCAGAACCAUGAUGCUGGUGGUAUUCAAGUCUGCCCCGAUCCUGAAGAGAGCUCUGAAGGUGAAACAGGCCAUGAUGCAACUCUAUGUUCUCAAGCUCCUUAAAAUCCAGACCAAGUACCUGGGCCGCCAGUGGAGAAAGAGCAACAUGAAGACCAUGUCAGCCAUCUACCAGAAGGUCCGCCACAGGCUCAACGACGACUGGGCCUAUGGAAAUGAUAUCGAUGCACGGCCCUGGGACUUCCAGGCAGAGGAGUGUGCCCUGCGAGAGAGCAUUGAGAAAUUCAACAGCCGCCGCUAUGACAAGAACAAGAAUGGAGACUUCACUCCAGUGGACAACUGCCUGCAGAGUGUGCUGGGGCAGCGUGUGGAGCUGCCUGAGGACUUCCACUACAGCUACGAGAUGUGGCUGGAGAGAGAGGUGUUCUCUCAGUCAAUCCAGUGGGAGGGGCUGCUGCAGAAUCCGUGAUGGGGGUUGGAGGAUUGGUUAGAGGGCGGGGGCAGUGGAGAGGUCACAUAUCACAUAUGAGCCUGAUGGACUAGUUUUAAGGUAGAGGAGAGGAGGAAAGACGAAUGGGGUCAUGUUGUGUUGGAAAGGAGGGGGAGGAUAAAGAAAAAGCAACUGGAGCUAAAGAAGUCACCUCUCAGGCCAUCCAGUGAUGUGUGAAAACUGAAGAGUAUAUGGAGCAAAGUUGACAAGCAAAUGGAGCUUCCUACUGUGAGCUCAGCACAAAUAGAUACCACACACACUUGACGCUAAUGUGCCUAUGACUACUGUGACUGUGAACACACAGGCAAGAACAGAGGUAGCAGUUCAUAAGAAGCAUUUGGUGUCAUUGUAGCAGAAGACAAGGCCAGUUUUACUGCCCUCAAUAUUACACAAAACGUCAGUGUGUAUGUCCUCAUUUUUUAAAUGUUGGUGCUCUUUUGGCUCCUUGGUGAUGUUUAGCUAUUUAUUUGUAUCACUGUGUGUCAUUUUAUGGAAAAUAAUUGUUUUUGAAUAAAGAUGUACAUGUAUUAUUAAUUUGAUUUCUAAUUAGUUUAUAUCUUUAUUUUGCCACAGAGCCUGACUAUUAAUACUUUGUCAGUGACGGAUUUGAAACUCUUUUCUUAUGUAUUUUCUAGGAAAAAGAAAUUGAACUACAGUGUCACGCUGCUAGUUCAAAUAUUGAUAUUGGAGCCAUCUCCUCUUAUGGCAGUAAAAAAAGAAAUGCACCAGCUGUUAAGUGUGUGGCUUGUUCAUGAGAAAAUGGUUAUCUAAAAAUGGGCAACUAUAAGAGAGGAUGAUUCUUGAAGCACAAAACAGAAUUUGCUUAAAGAAUGGCAUUCUGGGAAAGGUAGUAGUCACCUAUUUGAUCUCUUUUAAAAUAGAAGUUUUAUCUUAUAACAGAAUCCUUGUUAUUCCAGAAAUGGCAGAUUCUCAGAAAUUUCAUUAUCUUUCAACUCACAAAUUUUUAAUCACUGGUGUAAUCCAGAAUUUAUUCAUAUACACUUAUUGAACCUUUGCAAUGAUAAGAAAAGCAGAAAUUUGGUUCAACCCACUGCCCAACAACAGCACAAUAAGUAAACCACAGAGCUACAUGUUGGUGGCCUUAGUGAGUACUUUGUAACGCUCACUUGGAAAAACACAGUUGUUACAACAAUGGUGCUGUUUUUCUAGUUUGUCUUCACUGUACCUUAUCAUUCCUUCACCUGCCACUAUCUACUAUGACAUGAGAGCUCUGAAGCAUUUCCUGGAAAUGUCUAUUAAAGCACAGCAACAAGCACAGAAGACAAAAAAGUAUGGUUACCUUUUUUCAUAUCAUUGGUCCAGAUUGUUAUCAGCUCAUCUUGAUGGCUCAUGUAUUAUCUUUAUAUAGAACUAUAAUUGUGACACUUAGUCUUGUGCUUCUUUGUAGAAAUGUGCAUGGGCUCUGUUUUGUUUUGAGUACAUGUUCACACUUUAAUAUGGUAUUUGUAAUUGCUUUUUUUGUGUGAUGAUUCCAGCACAAUUAGAAGUGUUAAUUUUUUUUCUUCUUCAGGAAGGCAAAAAUCUAUGAAACUAAUACUAUAAAGAUUCUCAGGUUAAUGGACAUAAUAUAUAGCAAAUGUUUUAAAAGCUUCCAUGCCUCUAUAUAGCUCACUACCUGUAGAAAAGAAUAUACAUUUAUCAUCACAUUCUUAGACUGAAAUUACACAUGUGAAGCACCAAACAUUCACUGCAUACGCUGUACAUUGUCACUCAAGUCAAUAACUCAUUGUGAGUUUUUGUUUACAUCAGUUGUAUUUCAAGUUCAAACGUACUAUUUGUAUCUUGUGCCAAAUUUGAGUGCCAUUUUCUAUUUUUAUUUUAUUGCUAUUGCAGGUUUUUCAUUCACAUUACCACUAAAGGUUUGCAAUACAAAAUGUUAUUUUUACCCAAAAAUUGUACAAUCAAUGAAAAUUGUUGUUUCUUUAUCGGGUACACUAUUUUACCAAAAGUGUUAAGCAUUGUAUGGAUGUUAGCACAGUAUACAAUGUAUGUCUUUGUUGCACACAUUUCUGUAUAGUCUAGAGAAACGCUCAAUAUAGAAUUUGUUCAGGGGUAUGUGCAAUUACAGAUCCAUAGAGGCAUUAUUAAAUAAAAUGACAAAUUACAGUA